AUGUUUUGCUCAACAUUAGUCUAUUCUCUUAUUGUUGUUGGUAUAUUCUUCAAUAUUGAAGCCUACAACAAUGAUAAAGAGUCUCCAUUAGUAUGGUUGAUUCGUCGAAGGCUUGCUCGCUCCACCUGCCUUAAUUCAAGCCACUGUCGGUCGAAAUGGGGCUACUGUGGACUUGGAACAGCUUAUUGUGGCGAUGGUUGUCAAGCAGGUCCAUGUACGAAAAAUGGCGGCAGCAAAGGCAGUCCAGGUAUUACGGCUGCUCAACUGAAAGCUAUUAUGCCUCGAUGUAAACAUCCAGAAUAUUUGAAAAAUAUCAAUGCUGCAAUGAAAGAAGGUUCCAUUAAUACAUGUGCUCGAAAAGCUGCUUUUCUUGCUCAAAUAGCACAUGAAAGUGGUGAAUUAGUCUAUAUGGAAGAAUUGGCAUCGGGUCAAGCAUAUGAAGGUCGAAAAGAUCUGGGAAAUACGGAAAAGGGAGAUGGAAGACGAUUUAAAGGUCGUGGCCCCAUUCAACUGACAGGUCGAGCUAACUACAGAGCAGCUGGAAAAGCUUUAGGCUUGGAUUUGGUAAAUCAUCCUGAAAAGGUUAAAACGCCUGAAGUCGGAUUUCGAACGAGUGUAUGGUUUUGGACAGCACGCAAAUUGAAUACACUGGCAGAUAAGAAUACACUCGCAUCAUUUCGAAUGAUUACUAAAAGAAUCAAUGGAGGUACGAUGGGACAAGCUGAUCGAGAAAAGUAUUGGGGAAGAGCCAAAAAAACGCUUGGAUGUUGA